UCAAUACCCCAUUGUAAAUACCCGGUUAUAAACUUAUUACACGUCAGAUGUACUAAUACGCUCUUCCAUUUUCAGUGGACGACCAAGAAACUGAGCGAUGAACAAUAAAAUUCCUUCAGCUUUUUGCCAAAUCCUCGCCGUAUUGGCGAUUACAGUUUGUAUACAGACCAUCGAGGCGAGACAACAGACAUACCACAGAGACCAAGUUUUGCAGGUCACUCCCAGAACAGAAAAGGACAUAAAAUUUCUGAAUAGUUUGCUGCACAGCGAAAACAACCUCACGUUAGACUUUUGGACCUACCCAAGCAAGCCUAGUAACCCUGUAGACAUCCAUGUGCCUCGCAGAAAACUCCGGGAAUUCAAACAUAUUCUAGCCAAACGAUCAAUCCCCUUCACGGUGAAGAUCAGAAACGUGCAAAGGCAGAUCAAAGUGGAAGGAAUGAGGCCCCGUUCUGUUUCAUUCAAUGGAGCAUUUCGUUCAUACGCUCAGAUUGUUCAUGAAAUGAAACGACUCGCACGCUUGAAUGAAAGCUUAGUGAAAGUAUUUAGUCUGGGCAAGACCUAUGAGAACCGAACAAUGUAUGGGAUAAAGAUUUCAUCAAACGUUUCCAGCUCAAAUAAACCAGUUGUCUUCAUAAAUUGUGGAAUACAUGCGCGAGAAUGGAUUUCUGUUUCAUCGUGCGUGUAUGUCGCCAGAGAGCUCGUCUUGAAGUACUCGUCAGAGGAAUCAAUCCGGCUCUUAGUAGAUAGGUUAGAAUGGAUCAUAGUGCCAGUUGUGAAUGUGGAUGGAUAUAUUUACACUCACAAAGAGGAUCGCUUGUGGAGAAAGAACAGAAGACCAAAUGGCAACUCAACCAAAUGCAUUGGAACGGACUUAAACAGGAAUUUCAAUUUUAGAUGGGCUACGGUUGGAGCAGAUUAUGGAAAGCCUUGCAGUGACAUCUACCCCGGAGAGCGGCCAUUUUCCGAACCCGAAACACACAACUUAGCCACGUAUAUGUACUCCAUAAGAGACCGCAUCAAAGCUUAUGUGGACUUCCAUUCCUAUGGACAAUUGUGGAUGUCUCCUUGGGGCUUCAAAAAGGAUUUACCUCCAACGUAUCGUACCAUGAACCGGAACGCAAUGAUACGCAUUGUACUAGCUAUAUACAUGACCAACAGGACAAUCUUUGGGUUUGGACCGGCAGCUGUUGUUAUCUAUAAGACUUCAGGUGAUGCAACCGACUGGGUGUACGCUGUUUUGGGUGUCACGCAUUCCUACGGAGUUGAGUUGCAACCAUCAAUCUUUUCUCAGAAUGGAUUCGUUCUUCCCCCUUCAUACAUUGAACCUGUUGGGAAGGAGGUGCUCGCUGGAAUGAAGACCUUGGCUUCCCUUGUAAAAUAGAAAACAUGGCGAAGAGACCAAUAACUAUUCUAAAAAAUAUUAUUCAUAUUCUGGGAGUAUAAAUAACAAACAAAGCUAUAUUGGUAAAAAUUUAUUAAUUAUGGAAAAUAACGCUACAACUAUUAUCAACAUUUUAGUCUUUGUUUUUGUGUGAGGGAGCGUUUUCCCGGUUGGACAGUGUUGCAAAUUCAUCUAUUUUGCUAAACUCUACAAGAUCGUGAUUUCAGUCCCAAAAACAAACCCAAAAACAUCGUAACUUCUUAUAGUGAAAUCGCAAGGAUUUGAUGGGAACUCAAAAUAAUUAACUAUUUCUCCCGUCAAGUACCGUAAAACGCUGUGCAAUCGGUGGAACGCCGUAAAACGCGAUAAAUCGCGGUAAAACACAAUGAAACACGGUAGAACGCGUCAAGUUGUAGCCUAGUUUCGAUUGGUCAGUUUAAGUUUUGCGUCUGAUUGGUCAGUGAAAAGCAGGCACGAGUUUCCUGAACCAAUCGUGAAGCGAAGACAGGUAAAACUCAUGCUAUAGCGAAAUAAUUUUUGGGUUGCUAACUUCAAGUUGCGUAUAAGGCUUCAGAAAAUUAUUUACAACACGCGGAGAUAUAUCUGGAAAUUUUUUCCCAUACUAUUUUUAGGCAGCACUCGUAAAAGUGUGGUCGUUUUGAUCGACAAAAAAUUUGAUUUUUCGAAAUAAAGACAUAAUUUUGAA